AUGCCGACAAAGUCCGGCAAGGAGCUCUAUCGGGAAGCCUUCUUGAAAGUCAAGGCCGAUCGAGGAACUCCUUACGAUGUCAGCCAGGAAGAGCUCGAUGCAAUGAGCACAUUUUCUGACCGCAAUUUUGGACCCUUCGUAAGCCAAACCCAAGCGACGAAAGAAGUCGUGGAUCACAACAAACCGAGCCGAAAGCCAUCAUCUGCUGAACUUGCGGCCAUUCAGCGUCUCCGCUCGGCAUUGAAAGACAGUCUCUGGAGUCCCGACAUCUUCCAAUGGCGGACGCCCGACGCCUUUGUCACCCACGUGCAGCCCGAAGAUUUCGCCUUGGGCGCGACGGUGGGAACCGGCAGGGUCGGCCAAAUGAGCAUCAUGCUGCACGCGCACAACCUUCUCCUUCGCGACGUGAUCCGGGAUCCGUGGAUGCACAUGUGGUCGACGGCGCUGCACGAAAUGUGCCAUGCGUACGAAGGGGUUCGGGCGCAGACGGGUAUGCGGGCCGGGCAUCAGAUGGAUUUCGGCUUCAAGGUCCAGGCUGUGCAUGAGCGGGCGCAGGGACUGUUUGGGUUGUGGGCGAUUGUGCCUGCGGAAGAAUUGGCACGGUGGGGGUUGUACCAGGUAUGA